AUAAAGACGAAUAUAUUAAUACGUGUUAAGAGUUCAUAUUCCGACUGCAGUGACCCCAACACAGUGAACAGAGGACAAGUAAGACAAGUAAAUCAAAACUUAAUAUAAAUUAUUACAUUCUGUCAAAGUUCAUUCCAAAAAGCCGUUUUAUUUAUACGAUGGACUGCCUGUCUCUUGCCGAGCCAAUAGCCAAACUUAUUUAAGGAGAGAUAAAACCGCAGCUACUCUGGAAAACUGGACCGUGGGUCGAGCGUAACCUUUUUUUUUUCAUGUCUGUCUCGCUGAACGAUAUAAAAUCCCGCGCUAUUCGACAAGACCAGCACAUGAAGCGUAUGGGUUUUCACUUUUGCAUCGUCUCUCCUUGUUCCCGAGGCGACAACCUUGUUAUUUGUUCACAACGGAUUGCUAAUACACGAACAGAGGGCAGUAACAACUGCUUGGGACACGUUCAAGUGUUAAAGUAUAAGUGUUAGAUCUAGAUCGGUUCUUCGUCUGAGUCGGCACCGUAACUAUUACCAAAGCAACUCAGCAGUGCGCGACUGUUCCGUGAUUAAGCAAUCCAUGGUGAAAUCUACCUGGAGAGUAUUUUAACAAUCAUCAGUGUACUCGUUGAGAAAAUAAAAGCUGUCAAAAUUCUUCGAGAAAAGGAACAGCGCAUAAAGACAAGCACAAACUAACAGGGUACCGUUUGAAUGUCUGAAAAGGACGGAAGAUCUUAAAUCUUCAACAUAACCACAGUUUCUUUUAUUUAAAAUUCCAAGAAAACGAGUAGGCCUAAAUCUUUUAUACAGACUUGUUAACAUUUAAGGGUUUGCCAGCGAUUAACGCAAGGAAUUUUAUCAUUGAUUCCAUAUUAGACUCGGUUACCUCUAAGAGCUGUGGGUUAACUUCAAGCUUUUCUCUAAGCUGUUAAAACAGGGUCAGAACCUGUUUGAUCCGAUGAAAUGAUGUUAUUCAUCGUGCGCGUUUCUGUCACAAUUUAGAAAUACAAAACACACGCAGCACAACAACACGGACAGUUAAGUUGAUUUUGCUCAUAACUUGAAGGCGGUUUCUAAUCGGCACGGAAUAACUCGGCUGGAAAACAAUUAAACUAAGGAGUGGUGCUAUUAAGCCUCGUCAAAAUGGCUAGUGAGAAAAAGAUAAGGGCAUCUUCCAGCGGAGAUUCUCACGCACAGGCCGUUGAUGCCCUGCUACAGAUUAUGUGGAAUACCAAGACCUUCACUUUGGUCCAGUUUAUCUUUAUCAGCAGUUGUUACAUCCCCACGGCUUUUCAGCUCUUCUGCAAUAUCUUCAGUGCCCGUCCCGUGAAAUACGAAUGUUCUCAGUGGAACGAAACACAAAUCUUACAGAGAUAUUCAAAUGACAGCUCUGUCAAUGUCACAGCCACUGCCUGCAGCGCUGAAAUAACGGAUGGUCAGACAGGGAUUGUGCUGAGUCGGCUUGAUUGUACUGCCUGGACCUACCCCGAAGGCCGAGGAAUCUCGCUCGUCUCUGACGUAAGCAUUUAUUGUUUAUUGUUUGUUUAUUACUUGCUCUUUAAAGCACUUUUGUACCUGUAA